GCAGUCUCAUCUAUCAUGAAGAAAAUGUUUACGAGUUCAGGCAGGAUGACACCACUGACCUCCGGCUGAAGGAUGAUGAUUAUGAUGCUCACUUUGUUCGGUUAAAUGGACAUGACAUGAAUGACACCGAUUCGGGGAAAGAUUAAGAGACAUCAAGAACAAAGAGUUUACCCCAGUACGUCGAAAACCAUCUAUGAGAAUGAAUUACGACAGCAUUAUGAGUCAGCAGAAAUAGGGAGAUCGGAGAAUUGGCCCGAUGUGUACAUUUCUGAUAAUUACAGCCAAAGGGAGGCAACUCAAAUACGGACAAACCCUGUUUAUGCUAACACAAAUUCAAGAGGUCAGUAUGUCUCACUACAAGAAAUAAAUGAGUCAACAAGGGACCGACCUCUAAACUUGGAGGAAUAUGUCAUACCAAAAAAUAGUGUUCCCGUGCACCAACAGAAUGGGAUUGACACCGUGGACACUGUCAUUGAGACGGAAGUAGAGGAACCAGUCUAUAGCAAGGUCAACAAGAAGAAGGUGGAGAAGACCAGAACCACCAGUAACGGCUCCAUGACCCCGGAGGAAGAGGAGGUAAUCCAGGACUUCCAGGAGCAGCUGAAGAUGCUGGAAGACAGGCAGUCACAUCUCAGCAACCGAGCCGUAAUACAGAUCGACCAAUCCAAGAAAGAAUCUGAUGGCAAGAAGGGGACGUGGUCACGUCUCAAAUCUAAACUGAAAGGCAGCGUUAGAAAAAAAAAGAAAGGCACUGACCAGUCUCGCCCUCCCCUGCUGACCCAGGCCAGUAUUGACCCCAACAAGAUGGCCAUCCUCAAGAGAAACGCUAAGGAGAAGUUGCCAGAGAACGAGAGCAAUGAAGUCAUCAGGCUGGUGGAAUCAUACCAUGAGAACAAGGAUCUGGACUCGCUGGUGAAGGCACUCCUGAAGAUACUGGACAAGCCAGAAAAGAUGCUUCUCCUCAGGGAUGUCAGGGGUGUUAUCUACCCGUACCACAUAGCACGCUUUGACAAUAUGGUCAACUUCUAUGAGAUAGAGCGAUACGAAGAUUUAUCUACCAAGCUGCAUCUGCCACUUCGUCAUCGAGAGAGUAUUAAGGAUCGGCCCAAGAAACAGCUCAUGACCACCGUGUUGGAUGAAAACGGUCACUUCCACAUCAAGACAGUAGAUCAGCAUGAGCAGGAUAAGAGGACAGCGUCCAAGGUUCUAGAGACCAUGAAGAGUCACUCAAGUUUCGACAAUCCCCAUCACGAUGCGGUCAAACCAGUUGCAGUCACACCCGUUGCAUCCCCACCAGUUGCGACGAAACCGAUCCAUCUCAAGGAGACGUCCGCCAUAACGUCAGAACACAAACCAACCAGUCCACAGCCGAUCCACUGGGUAAAGCUCAACCACGUCGCUGACAGUGGGCAGAAGUCUCCACUUGAGAGGGGGCCUUAUCGGUCAAGUUUUUCUACCACUUCGUAUCGAUGAAGUGCUAGUUGACACUGCAGCUGCAGAUGAAGAAAAACUCCAGCCUGGUGUGACGUUGAUAUCAGUGGACAGUCAGAGUCUCAAUGGGUUCAGUGUGGAUGACGGAGAGGAGCUGCUGGAGAAGGCCUUCAACAGCAAGGCCACCACCAUGGUGAAGCUGGAGAUUAACACGGACAAGCGUACUGCUUGACUCCCUAGAGUCUUCACCAACAAACAGUCGGACAACUUCAGCGGGCUGAAAUAAUGUGGUCUAACAUGUAUGGAAAAGUUACUGUUAAUUGUUUUUCCCUCGUUAGAUGAGGAUGAAAAUAAAAAACAACCUUUUCAAAAGGAGACUAAAACUUGAGACAUUUUAGACACCUUCAUUUGUCUAAUUCCUGUGUCCAUGUAUUUUUGUGACCAAGGUGAAGGUCAUUUUAGCCAUUGCACAGUGUUAGACUAUGGUGAUGUUACAUGAGGCAUCAGAGAAUAGAAUGCACCAUCAGUGAUCAAGAGAGCCAUGUUGUUUAGAGACAUUAUCAGAGUGGCCUCCAUGUGAUAUCUGAUUUAUUCCCAACAUGGGGUAUAAACAUCUAUGUUUGACAUGACCUAAUGUGUAUUGUACUACCCCACAACCAGACUAUGUGUGUCAACCCAUCCUUGGGGUGUAAACCAUCCUGUGUGUCAACCCAUCCUAGGGGUGUAAACCAUCCUGUGUGUCAACCAACCCAGGUGUGUCAACCAGCCUGGGUGCAUGUAAUAUAUAUCCUUCAAGCAGCCUGUGUGUCAACCAACCAAUGUGUGUAAUACAUAUCCUGCAAGUAGCCUUUGUGCCAUCCAACCAAUGUAUAUCAACCAACUAAUGUAUGUCAACCAACCAAUGUAUGUCAACCAACCAAUGUGUGUCAACCAACCAGUGUGUGCGUAAUACAUAUCCUUCAAGCAGCUUGAGUGCCAUUUAACCCAUGUGUGUCAAUCCCUCCCAUGUGUGUCAUCAAAAACGUGUGUCAAUCUACCACAUCCAUGUGUCUUAACUUACCGGGUAAGUAAGAAGUGUAACCCAACCUGCCUUUGUUAUCUCACAGUGUAACAAUGAAACCCUCCCUGUGUUAUCCCAAGCAAUGUAACACUUCCUUCAAGUGUUUUAUCCAACAUGGUGUCAUACUGUAACCCUCCCCAUCUGCAUGUUAUCCAACACCUCAUUAUCUGUGUUAUCCAACCUGGUAUAACAGUGCCUUCCCUACACAUGUUAUCGAACAUGGUGUACAAGUGUAACCCUCCCUAUCUGUAAGUUAUUCAAAGGUGUAACAGUGUAACCCUUCCUGUGUAUUAUCCAACACCGUGUAAAUCUGUAACCUUACUAGUGUGUUAUCCUACACAGUAUAGCCUUCCUACAUGUGUUAUCAAUAUCAUACAUAGUGUAACAGUGUAAACCCAUUGUACAAGUACUUAGAGUAUGAGAGAAACAGUAGUAAAAUCCUAGCAACAGUAUAUGGUGAUCAAGUGUUACUAUGGUGAUGACAUGUACAGUGGUUUUAAGAGUUACCAUAGUGACAACUUGUACAAGGUCUUCUGUUGCCAUAGUCAUGUGUAGAGGAUGAGUCGAAACAAGACGUAAGUUGGUGUGAAGAAAGAGUACAUGGUAGGAAGACUUUACUUCAGUGACCAGACAACGUGUACCAGGUUCUGGAGGGUACAAACCAUCGCCCAACAGUGAGAGAAUGAACCCAUGGUACCAGCUGGACCACACAUCACACCACGUCUCCUAUGUGUCAGGAGGCUUGGGUCCAACAUAAGCAGCUUUGUAACCAUAUUUCCUGAAUUCCAGAGACCGUGUAUCUAGUGUCAGUUUCUUAACGUACCUGGGACCAUUGGCAAGAAAAUAUGUUCUGUAAUAGAUUAUGAAAGAUGAAUCAUCAUUAUUCCACAACUGAAAAAACAAGAAAAUCCUGUCAUCUACUGGUAUCGGCUUGUUGGUGGUGUGUUUUUUAUACAUCUAAAAAGGAAUACUACCAAAUCAUGCAGAUUUGUAUUAUUUGUUGAAAACCAGAAAUGAAAAUUUGUCGUGUUUGGAAACUGUAGUGAAUCUGUGAAGGUGGUUGAGCCUUGUGAAGAUGAAUCAUGAAUCAUGUACAUGAAUCACAUGUUAAUACAUUCCAUGUUAACUGAUAUAGCAUUAUUGUCUUGAAAAGUGUGAUGUAUCGUACUAAUUAGCAGAUAUUAAUGACAUAUACUGAACAAAACAGGGAUCAUAAAUAUCUUGGGAAAUAUUUUUAUAAACUUUUGUGAUCAGGUUUCACUACAAAGUCGUUUCCUCUUAAAUAUUCAUAAUUCUGUUUUUUGUUCAGGGUAUUUAUUUUUUAAGUGCAUAACUCACACAUAAGUCAUGUUUUAGGGUAUAAUGUUCUGAGUUUGAUAUUGUUCUUGUUUACUCAUCACUGAACAGGUGCUUGAGAGGAAGGUGCUGUAGAUAGUAACCAGUGUUUUCAUGUGUACAGUUUUAAUAGUCACAGUAGCAUGUCAGGAAUUAAUGAGAUGAUUGAAAAAUGCAGAAUUCUUCAUUUAUAUCUUUAUAUAUUAGAAACUCAUCACAAACAUUAUUGGGUGGUGUUACAGAUACGACAAGUAUGUGUAAGAAAUUCUUAUUAUGUUUUCAACAUGACUUGCGCAUCAAUCAUUCCGUGCAUGUUGUUUUAAAUAUAUUUAUUGAUUUUUAUUGAAUGUUUCUGCACAUUCCAUGAUAAUCAUUUUCAGGGUUGUGGUGUUAUUCCUUGCAAUAAAAGUCAAGGAAGUGUU